AUGACAGCUGGCCUCUGCGGUCACUCUAACCUGAAAAUUCGCGACACUAUCAUUUCCACCGUCUCUAAGACUGGGUUGAAUCUUGGUGCUACGACCGUUACCGAAGCUCGAUUUGCUGAGGAAAUUUGCCGUCGAUUUCCCUCGAUGGAGCGACUGCGUUUCUGCAACUCGGGCACAGAAGCCAAUCUCUAUGCCAUCAGUAUUGCUCGUCGUGCAACUGGAUUGUCCAAGAUCAUAGUUUUCUCGGGAGCAUAUCAUGGUGGCGUUCUCAGCUUCGUUCACGGGGUCGCGGGAAAUAACGUGGACAAAGGUGACUGGAUUAUCGGGAAAUACAACGAUACCGAGGGUACUCAGAGGUUAAUCUCCGACAACAAAGGCAGAGCUGCAGCCGUGCUUGUGGAAGGUAUGCAGGGGGCUGCUGGCUGUAUACCUGGCACUGCUGCAUUUUUACACGCCAUUCAAACUGCCACAAAAGCCAAUGGCAUGCUCUUCAUCUUGGAUGAAGUUAUGACUUCUCGUCUUGCACCGGGAGGCCUUCAGUCGGCAAUUCUCAAUCCCCACAGCAACACAGCAUUGAAACCCGAUAUCACAACAUUGGGCAAAUAUAUCGCCGGGGGAAUGACGAUUGGAGUUUUCGGUGGACGGGAAGAGUUGCUGUCGAUAUACGACCCCAGGCAAAAUUCUGAAUUGAAUGAACCAGAAAGACCAGUUAGACCGAUCAGCCACUCUGGAACAUUCAACAACAACACAUUGGCCAUGAAUGUUGGCUUAGCAGUACUCUCUACUGUUUACACAGCCGAAAUCUGUACUGAGCUCAAUUCGAUGGGUGACUGGUUCCGUCAGAGCAUACUUGACAGGUGUCGAGGCACCAAAAUGACGGUCACCGGUAUUGGCGCCGUAUGCAACAUCCACUUUCUUCCCGGAGAGUUUGGUUCUCAAAUUUUAAACGUGGAGGCAUUGGAGAAUGGACUGACCGAAUCUGAUAGAAUUUUAAGGGACAUAUUCUGGUUUAAGGCUAUCCAGAGAGGGUUUUGGAUGGCUAGGCGCGGCAUGCUGGCUUUGAUCGUGGGAACAACUAGGAGCGAGCUUCAAGGUUUCCUUGACUUUGUGGAAGACUUUGUACAAGAAUACCUCUCCUUCAUAGCCUAA